UGUGUGCAGACAAUGAGCGAAGAAGAGGUGAUCAGAUGUCGCACUCCCGGCAAAGUUAUCAUACAUGGAGAGCACGCUGUGGUCUACGGAAAGAGUGCGGUGGCCUUAAGCGUCGAUUUGGACACUAAUAUAUGCAUACGAUUGACAAAGAAUUCAAAUAAAGUGGUGCUUAAUAUCGUUAACUUUAACGACUCGAUUGAGUGGUCGGUCGACGAGUUGUCACAAAUCCGAUUGAUUGAUGACAAACAACAACUCAAUAAUGUAUUGGAAUAUACAGACAAUUUAGGCGAAAAAGUUGCAAAACUUGUUAACAACAGUUUAGCCGCAAAUAUCAUCAACUCUUAUAAAGCGUUUCUAUUCCUAUAUCUUGCCAUCGAUGACAGCUAUUGCUCUUCGAGUAGACCAUCGCUCGAGAUAACUGUCACCAGUUGUUUGCCUAUUAGCGCAGGUCUGGGCUCUUCCUCGUCAUACACCGUGGGUUUAACGGCCUCUCUAUUGAAGGCGUUUGGCCUAAACUUUGAGCUCAAUCUAGUGAGUGAGUGGGCCUUUCAGAUCGACAAACUAUUUCACGGCCGGCCGUCGGGUAUAGACAACUCGAUUUGCACGUUCGGCGGCGCUCUCCUAUUCAGAAGCGGCCAAAUCGUCGAGAAGUUACCGAAAGUGCAAUCACUGCCAGUCAUUCUCGUCAACACAAAAGUGCCGCGAAAUACCAAAGCGUUGGUAGAGAUAGCCCGACGAAAGUAUGACAGAUUCACAGCCAUUGUCGACAAUAUUUGGUCGGCAAUCGAUGGCAUAUCAAUGAACGCGUGGAAACUCAUUCAACAAAAUACUGAUUUUCAAGAGUUUUCGACACUAUUUGAAAUGAACCAGCAUUUACUAAACUGUUUAGGCGUCGGCCACCCGGCCAUCGAUAAGAUCGUUGAAUGCGCGCAAAAGUAUGGUUUGUCAGCGAAACUGACGGGCGCUGGCGGUGGCGGGUCUGUCAUUAUAUACAAUACACUCACAGAAACUGAUGUAAUCGACAAUUUAUAUAGAGAUUUGAAUGGAUUGGGGUUUGAAUAUUGGAGCGUUGGGUUGGGAGCGCCGGGCGUUUCAUUCGAGUGAUGCCUCUCCGUCCUCCAUCUCCUGCAACAACAGCACAUGUAGUUGUGAUUUGGGAGUAC